AUGCCGAAUUUCUUACCAAACAAUCAGGAUAGUAUAGCUUAUAAGGAGCUGGAAGACGCUUUGCUAAGGCAGAAAAAUGGCAUAUAUUUAGGGGAUGGAAGCAUGGAUGUAAGCAAUGGUGCAAAUUUACCAGACAUUUCGCAUGGAGUGAGUUAUGGGAUUGUGUGGAGCAAACUACAGCAGACGAAUGACGAUACACCUCCCGGAGUGGCGGAAUCGCAAGUCCAUAAGCCUUGGAGCGGGUUUGCACCGG